UUCGAGGCGUGUCACGGCGAUCAAAGCACCUUUUUUCUCCGAGCUACAGUGGACACCGUUGUCGGUAGGCUAAUAUUACAGCAACAAAGCCAAUGGGAUUCGGGGUAGGCAAACCGACUGAAAAUCGCAUGAGUGAGGAUACCAAGGAUAUACUUUUUUAACAGUAUUUCUCCAGUAUAGGCUGUAGAGCCUACAUGUUUUGUAACAGACAAAAAUAGAAGACAAAAGGAUAAACGGGUGAUAUUUUGCUGGCUCGAAAAAUCGACGCGCUUUCAGUCUGCAACAAUGGAAUUAAGUUUUAUCUUGCCUGCUAUUCUCUUCACGCUUUUCGCUAUUAUUCUGGUGACAACAUUGUUCAGUACCAACGAUACUACUACUGUCUCGUUCUCUGGCUCUGCUGCAUCCAACGCGGAUCACUCAAGGGAGGGAUCUUUGGCGCAGUCCGGGAGAGAGGUGGUGAAAGCGGGAUUAGCUAAAUCAGGACCGUCGGUAAAUCUCACGGAGAAACAGGGAACAGCAGCAGGGCAAACCUUUACGGACAAAUCGGAGGAGGACAGUGAAUAUCGAUCUGUCGGAAAAAGAAUGUAUCCGGUGGCAGCGGACAGAAGGACAGUUGAGGAGGAGGGACUGCACGCUGCAGAAGUUAGGACCCAUGCUGUUCACGAGAAAAAGGUGAAAUCUGGCAUUAUGUCUGGCCAACGGUGCUCGACCUCAAACCCUGCCUCAGCGCCGGUGGACAUUCCAGGUAGAGACUUUGGUCACCUACAGUUCCCUGAGGGGGGGUCGCUACUGUGCCCUUUCUCCUACCGACAGACAGGGGGUGCCAUAGAGAGCCCAGAGUACAGCAACGCAGAUAUGGAGGAAGUGGAUGCAGACGGUGCGCGCCUGAAAUACAUCCCCGGCAUGCUGCGGACCAGCCAGAUGGAGAAGAUGAUGACCAAAGAGGAGCUGGAGGAGGAACAGAGGGUGCAACGGGAGCAGCUGGCAGCCAUCUUCCAGCUGCUGAAGGAGAACCAGGAGACGUUUGGGGAGGUGUCAGAGGGAGACGUGGAGGAGCAGCUCAGACUCUACAACAUCUGAACCGCUACUCAACUCACACUCUACUACAAGUCUACUAGUUUGCUGUACUACGUCUAACUCUACUUUCCCCAAACUCUACUCUGUUAAUCCCACAUAAAACUGACAAUCAAGAUUAAGGUACAUUCACAUGGUCCCCUGGGUUUCAAAGGGGGCGUUGUUUCAAAGGUCCACUCUAUUUUGAACUGUAUACCAUUCUCUGAAGAUUGAGGCAUUGAAAUAACCAAUAAGGCUUUGGAUAGUUGGACCUGAGUCAUUUGAUUGGUCUGGUACAAUCUAAGACAGUGGUAUUCAAAGUCGGGGUCGCGACCAGGGAAACUGCAGUGGGGUCGCCAACAUGUUUUUUAUUUAUUUACAAAAUGUACAACAAUUAAGAUUACACAUUAUUGUAUGGGACAAUAUACAAACGUUUUUGAGAAAGAUCAUUUGAAAAAUACAAUUGUAUUGAGGAAAUGUAUUUAUUGGUUUGUUUUCAUUUUGAUAAGAGAGGAAAAUGUAAUUAAUUAAAGGUUUUUGGUUGAUGUAAAAAUCUAAAUUUACAGAUUUUAAGGUUGUGUCAUUAGAUUUGGGGUGGGGUCGCAAGAAAUUCUUGGGAGAAAAAUGGGGCCCUCACUGAAAGAGUUUGAAUACCACUGAUCUAAGAGGUUCUUAUACCGUACACACCCAUGAAAGCCAACAGUUUCGGCAAGCCUCAUGGUGAAACAACAUACACUUAUCUGAAUGCACCUCAUUCCUUUCACCUUUCCUCACCAACAUCCUUCUCUCACCCAUCGCUAUCUCUCCUCACCCUUUUCAAGGCAGCAGAUGUCCUUCUCUAGACCCCUCUGUGCAAACAAACAACAUUGGCACCAACACAAACAUGUACAUUAGAUACUGCUGUUUGUUACUUCUUAAUGGUUUAAUACCAUUCAAAACAAUAAACACACUGUAAUUGAUACAA